GUGGAACGCAUGCGCAUGGCGCCUGCCAGCCAUUCUGGGCUUGGUGUUGGUGAGCGUGAUGUGAAGCGGCUACCGGGGGAGGGAAGGCAGCUUUGCUUUCUGAGGAUGCCAUGUGUCUCCACAAGUGGAGCAGAGAGAGGAAGGAAUAGCUCUUGGGUUCCUGACUAACUGGGUUUGAGCUUGCCUUCUCAGGACAGCAGCACAGAGAAGAUGACUUCUGGGCUUCUGAUAGCCAGGCCUCAGCAUCCAGUAACAUUCAGAGAUGUAGCUGUGGACUUCUCAUUGGAGGAAUGGAGACGCCUGAGCCCGGCCCAGAGGGACCUGUACAGGGACGUGAUGCUGGAGAACUACGAGAACCUGGUGUCUGUGGGAGCUGGUCUUCCAGUGUCCAAACCCCAUGUGAUCUCCCUGUUGGAGAGAGGAGCAGCUCUAUAUGAGCCUAAGGGAAAAGUCCCAAGAGGUACCUGCCCAGACUUCGGUAAAUGUCGAAGAAUACAUGAUGGAGAGAAGGUGUAUGACUGUAAGGAAUGUGGGAAAACCUUUGUUAAAAGGUCAACACUUAAUGAACAUCAGAGAAUUCAUACUGGAGCCAAACCCUAUGAAUGUAAUUCAUGUGGAAAAGCCUUCACUUGGUGGCGAAAUUUUAUGGAACAUCAGAGGACUCAUACUGGAGAGAAACCAUUUGAAUGUAAUGAAUGUGGGAAAACUUUCAGUCGGAGGGGAACCCUACUUAGCCAUCAGAGUAAUCAUACUGGAGUAAAGCCCUUUGAGUGUCAAGAAUGUGGGAAAGCCUUCAGUCAGAAGGGGCUCCUUGUUAACCAUCAGAGGACUCAUACAGGAGUGAAACCCUUUGAGUGUAAUGAAUGUGGGAAAGCCUUCUGUCAGAAGGGAAACCUGAUGAGCCAUCAAAGGACUCAUACUGGUGUGAAACCAUUUGAAUGUCAGGAAUGUGGAAAAGCCUUCAGUGAAAGGGGCACCCUUAUUAGACACCAGAGAAUUCAUACAGGAGUGAAACCCUUUGAAUGUAAUGAAUGUGGGAAAGCCUUCAGUGAGAAGGGCACCCUUAUUAGUCAUCAGAGAAUUCAUUCUGGAGUGAAACCCUUUGAGUGUAAUGAAUGUGGGAAAGCCUUCAGUCGGAGAGGAACCCUUGUUAGCCAUCAGAUGACUCAUAUUGGAAUGAAACCCUUUGAAUGUAACGAAUGUGGGAAAGCCUUUGGUUGGAAAGGACAUCUUAUUAGUCAUCAGCGAAUUCAUACUGGAAUGCAACCAUUUGAAUGUAGUGAAUGUGGGAAAGCCUUUAGUCAGAAGGGACUUCUGAUUAGCCAUCAGAGAACCCAUACUGGAGUGAAACCCUUUGAAUGUACUGAGUGUGGGAAAGCCUUCAGUCAGAAGGGAAACCUUAUUAGACAUCAGAGAACUCACACUGGGGUGAAGCGUUUUCAGUGUCAUACAUGUGGGGAAGUCUUCAGUCAGAAGGGACACCUCAUUAGACACCAGAGAACUCAUGUUCCAGUGAAGCCCUUUGAAUAUUGUGACUGGAGAAGCUAUUGCUUAGAAAAGAAAACUUACUGAAUAUAGGAGAGUUUAUAAUUGAGAGAAAACUUUUGCAAAUAAUGUAUAGAGUUAACCAUCUAAAAAUACAGACAACAAUAAAGAAUAACUAUUCUUAAAAUGA